AUGAAGCCGGUGGUGGGCACGGUGGUGUCGAACAAGAUGCAGAAGUCGGUGGUGGUGGCGGUGGAUCGCCUCUUCCACAAUAAGCUCUACGACCGCUAUCUCAAGCGCACGAGCAAAUUCAUGGCACACGAUGAGGAAAACCACUGCAACAUUGGCGACAAGGUAUGGGGGAGCCUCAAAAAGCUCAUGUCUCGCUACCGAUUCUUCUCAUUUCUCUGGGGCCGAACGCCGGCCACACCACACCACACACACGUCGCUAGCUCACAUCUGUCUUAGUUAGAUGGAAACCCACCCUUGGUCGCGGUCGGAUGGGUCGUUCAUGCUACUCUGGAUAUCCCCCGCCUCUCCCAAAUCGCAAGACUAGAAAUGAACUGGCGAAGCUGGUAGGGCGCGUCCUCUUUGAAUGCGUCCGUGAUUUCUUAUCAAAUAUUCUCGGUUCUGAUCAUUCAUUCUCUCCCACGGAGACAAGUUUUGGAGUAACCUGCAUAUUUAUCUGCUUACUGCGUUCCAUGUUGACAUGAACUCGUGCAGAUUUUUUUUUAUCUAUCUUCGUCUCUUGAUAUAUUCCAUGAUAAUUCUCGAUAUGUCAAAUCAUCUAGGAAGAUCAUUUCAUCUGGGUCAAGGGAUUUUCUUGUGGACAGAAGUGGGAUCACAUUAGGAACAUAGAAAGCCAGAAGCACAGUUCAUGCCCGCCCAAGUUCCAGAAAUCACGCUUAGACUUCUCCCUCGUUACCAAUUCCUGACUACGUAUGAAAUUGAGCUGGGAUCCAGAAUUGGGCUGCCUAGUAGCCUAGGCUCUCCUGACAUCAUAGGCCUGCGGAAUCCUCCAUUCACAACUACUCCUGCUUCCAUGUGGAGCCCUAGACAGAAGCCCUGGUUCAUUUGUUCUCCCACAAGAAUGUGAUUGAGCUCCCAUUUGCCAGUAAAUUACUUAGUUGGUCCCUCUCUUUGCUCCAGCAAAGCCUGUAGAAGGGCCCCCGCAUGGAGAAUUCAGCCUUGAAGCCGCGAUCUGUCAUUCCGGUGAGCCUGGGGGCUCAUGGCUCGCCUCCCACGAUCAUCAACUCCUUUUUGGAAACAGAUGUGGUGGAUGCUACCAAUGUUAGACAAGAUUGUAUUCUUUGUUUUGAUUCCAAGGAUUGAAAACAAUCAAUUUAAGUUCAGUACUAAUAAUAAUAACAGCAGCAACCAAAGAAUCGAACCAAGGAUUGAAAGAGUCAUUAGACACUGUUCUACCCGCUAUUGGAUUUGAACCAAGACUCCUGCUUUUUCGUGUCUGCCCAGAACAUUAGAGAUUGGUCAAAUGGAACUCUGAGACUAUGCUUUCUUUUUACGUAUUCUUUUUUCAGGUUAGAUUGGACCCAUCCAGACCAUUGAGCAAGCGCAAGCGCUGGGUAGUCGCUGAAAUCCUCAAGAGGGCUAAUAUCUACAACCCUGCUGCUUCAAAUGCAUCGUCUCCUCGCAUCCAAUCUGAGACGUCCGCGGCGCCAGCUUCUUCCUAG